AUGGCCGAAGAUAAUGAUGAAGAAGGUAUUGACUCUUCUUGUGUUGUGAUGGGUACGCCAGCGUUACGAGUCAAGACCAUACAUGUCAGUUCGGUGAUCCUCGCCGCAAGAAGUUCUUUCUUUUUUAAGCUUUUCUCAAAUGGCGCGAAAAAAUCUGGUCAAAGACAGUCAAAAAUUAGAAUUGCUGAUUCAGAGGAAAAUGCCUUUAUGGAGCUUUUACGCUUUAUGUACAAUGGAAAGUUGAGACCAACAACCGAGUCCAGUCUUCUGGUUGAUAUCUUGAUGGCUGCUGACAAAUUUGAUGUCGUUUCAUGCAUCAAGCUUUGCACUCAGCGGCUCAUAGGCCAGCCUAUGACCCUUGAAUGUGCAGUGAGGUGCCUAGAUCUCCCAUGUUCCAUUUCAAUGGCAGCUGACCUAUCAGAGGCAGCCAAGAAAUUCCUUUCUGAAAGAUACGAGAAAUUCCUGUUAACAAAGUUCCAAGAUGAAUUGAUGACGAUUCCUCUCACUGGGAUUGUAGCCAUCUUAUCAAGGAAUCACCCUGGGGUUGCAUCUGAAGAAUCCGUCUAUGACUUCGUGCUCAGGUGGGCCCAUUUGCAGUACCCAAAUUCAGAAGAAAGACACAAGAUUUUGAGCUCAAGUUUACUUCCACUGGUGACACUAGGGCGUAUCAUGACCAUUGCCAUCCUAACUGACCAGUCAUCUUGCGUAAUUAACUUUAGUAUAAAGCAUGAGCACUGCCGCGGGCUCUUCCCAUCAAGAUCGAUACGCUCGCCACCAUUCUAUUGUGCAGGGCAUGGUUUCUUCCUCUCGGCGCUCGCUAAAACUGAGCCAUUCAACUUUUUUGGUCUCUUAAUAAAGAAGCUAGAAGGCAAUGGCCCACUAAGGGGGGCAAUAGAUUAUGAGAUGGAGGUAACGGCAAGGCGGUCGUCGGAGUUUGACUCCAUAUCGAGGCGCACCACCACCACCGACAUUAGACAAGCUUUUGGAUGCAGGAUUCCUUGGUCGGAGAUCAGUGCUGAUGAUAGCCCCUUCUUUGUCGACGACAAUCUCCAUCUGCGAGUUCGCAUCAAGAUUACGCCGCAGCCAUAGUGAUGCAUGCAUUUGCUCUGCUCUCUUUUGGUGACC